AGCCGUUUUGGCUCCAGGUGGGUUGACUGCAUGGCGCAGCAUACAUUUGAACGCACAAGAGAUGUGGACAACUUAUGCCUUUUGACUGCCCCAGACGACGACGAGGAUGUUGACAAGAAGCACCAACACAAGUCUGGCGCGAAGCAGCUUGAUCCCAUUAAGCAUUUGGAGCAGUGGCGCGUUAUCUGCAUUGAUUUCCACCGAUUCCGCGCCAAAUGUCCAGACAAGUGCAAGGUCUUAAUCCGCCAAGGCAUUCCAGAAUUUCUGCGGGGCUCGGUUUGGCAGAAGCUGGCGCUUUCCAGAGAGCUGCUGCAGAGACAUCCGAAAGAUUUGUACGAAAAUAUGAGGCGCACGGAGGCUGCGCCAUGCGAGGUUGAUAUCAUGAAGGACAUGAAUCGUACUUUCCCAAAGCAUGUGCUCUAUCGCGAUAAGCAAGGCCUAGGGCAACGUCAGCUGCUUAAUGUGCUCCGGGCCUAUUCUGUCUUCAACGCGGAGGUUGGCUAUUGCCAAGGCAUGGGGUUCAUUUGCGGUGUGCUCCUGAUGUACAUGGGCGAGGAUGACGCGUUUCUGAUGUUGAUUUCGCUGCUUGAGAACUACAGGAUGGCUGGCCUUUUCAUGGACAAUUUGCCCCUGCUCAAUAAAUAUUUUUUUCAGCUGCAGCGGCUCAUCGAGAUGCACAUGCCGCUCCUUUACAACCAUUUUGCGCAGCAAGGCGUGGAGCCCACGAUGUACGCAUCGCAGUGGUUCAUGACCGUGUGUAUCUACAACUUCCCAUUCUCGACGGUGGUCCGGGUAUGGGACAUUUUCCUGGCGGAGGGCGUGAAGAUCAUCUUCCGCAUCGCGUUGGCCUUGCUGAAGCUCAACCAGGAGGCAUUGUUGGGCGAGUCAUUCGAGCAGAUCUUGCAGACCCUGAAGCAGGCGCCCAGUCGCGUCGAGUCGGACGCGCUUGUGCAGGCGGCAUUGGGAAUCAAGCUGAAGAAUCGGACACUGAAGGAGAUAGAGAACGAGUGGCUGGCGCAGCUGAACAUGGAGCCCUGAGAGGCCUCGCACUCCCCGCUCCUACGAUCUCCCGCCAGCUCCGUCCCACCUCCCUGCCCACUCCUCUGUCCGCCGUGGCGCUCUCUGCUGCCAUCAUGACCGAGCUCCGCGUGCUCUAGGUGCAGAGGCGGCGAAUCGGAAAAAGCGUAGCCCGAGCCAGCGCGAGAGCGCAAUCUCGGACCAGGAGCGUGACGGGCGCGGGCGAGAGCUUGCCACUCCGAGCCUGGAGCCAGGCCGGCGCCGUGGGCGAGGGUGGUGUGCCGAGCCGGGAGCGUGCCCCGCGCAAGAAGCGCCAGGGAGCCACUCCGAGCCGGCAGCGCGGCCGGCACCGAGGCGGGGAUCGCCACUCGUCG